GCAUCGACUGGGCCCCUGAGAGCAACCGGCUGGUGACAUGCGGGACCGACCGCAACGCCUAUGUCUGGACCCUGAAGGGCAACGUCUGGAAACCCACCCUGGUCAUCCUGCGGAUCAACCGGGCCGCCCGCUGCGUCAAGUGGUCCCCCAAGGAGAACAAGUUUGCCGUGGGCAGCGGCUCCCGGCUCAUCUCCAUCUGCUACUUUGAGCAGGAGAACGACUGGUGGGUUUGCAAGCACAUCAAGAAGCCCAUCCGCUCGACGGUGCUCAGCCUCGACUGGCACCCCAACAACGUCCUCCUGGCCGCGGGCUCUUGCGACUUCAAGUGCCGACGUCGCCUCACCGCCCGUGAGCGCUUCCAGAACCUGGACAAGAAAGCGAGCUCGGACACCGCCAACGCCACGCUGGACACCCUGCACAAGAACAGCAUCAGGCACAUACUGGGGGGGCGAGUGGAGACGACCCGGCAUUCCGGCACCAAGAACGCCGAGUUCCCGCCGGGGUUUGAGCAGGCAGCUCACAGCGGCGUUCCCCGUAGCGCACCCCGCCGUCACACCCUCGCCACUGACAACCUGCAGCCAGGCAGGGACAGCAGGGUUACACAGAACAAACGACAGCGUUUGCCACCCUACGAGAUCUCUACCUCCCUGCCAGCGACCCCGAGAGCUCCCGUCUCAGCUCUGGGGCCGAAUCUCCUCCAGCCUUUGGUGAGCGAAGUCUGGGCAGCGCUGGUGUCCCUGGCACAGGCUGACGGCAGGACUCCCUGGACCGCCUGGGGCACAGCGGGUGAGAGCGUCUCCUGCUCCAGCGGCCCUACACCGUGCAAGAGGACGGCUGAGAGGGGUGACACUUCGGGGACGGACCUUCUGACACAGGGACUAGGCUAG